AUGGGUGUCCACCCACCGCCAUCAUCUACUUCUGAUCUCCACCCAUCAAGAAACCUAGUGGUCGGAAUGGUGGUGUCGAACAAAAUGAAAAAAUCGGUGGUGGUCGCUGUCGACAGGCACUUCCAGAAUAAACACUACAAUCGUUAUGUCAAACGCACCUCCAAGUUCAUGGCCCACGAUGAACAAAAUCAGUGCAAUAUCGGCGAUCGACUCCUGCUCAAUCUUUGGUCUGGCGCUAGAAGGUAUCUGCAAGGUCACAAGAGAAAACAGCCGUCAACCGCUUCUCGGGAGGAGGCUCCCGGAAGAACGAUCCGACGGUCAAGUUUGAUGAAGUUUGAGGUGCUUUCGUCCCCCAGGCAUUGUGCCCCUGCUUCUGAAUACUCGUAUCUUGAAACCACUUAUGGUCUCACUUCUCUCGAUAGUGUGGAGUUUCCUUCACCAGGUUCUUCUAUCCUCUCCCCCCUUCCCGGAAAAGUCGGGAUCUACCAAAAAACCCUAGAUGCUGGCCUUCGUCUCCCCUUAACUGAUUUCCUGGAGGACGUAUUUCAAAGAGACGGUUGCAGCGUUCAAAUGCUAACACCAAAUGCUGUGAACAAGGGUUUGGUGGGUAGCGGACGCUACCGUGCUAAUACUUUUGCUGAUACUACCCCCAAACUCUUUCCCCAUAACCAGGGCGUGGCCGAUUUUCUUAAGAAUGUCCAGGUAUCUCCUGAGGAUUAUUCUGAGGCCCUUCUCGCCGGUGUAGGAAUGAGCCUGUCUUGGAGGCUUCGCGGUAAAAUGGCAGUUUUCUUCCUUGUCGUUGGUGGUACGUACCAGUGUUUUCCCUUUGUUUAUCAGUGCUAG